AAUAAAAGGCCUUUUGCAUUGUAUUUAAAACUAGAUUCAAGAAAAGAUUGGUUCUGAUUUUGUUUCUCCAAUCUUUUCUUCGUAAAUACUCACGAAGAUUGGAGAAAUUUUGAAGCCUUGGGGUUUUCUCAUCACAAAAUACUCACGAAGAAGAGAAUGGAAGCAAAUGGAAAUUCCAACUUAGCAGCAGAAGAUGUUGUCCCUUCACCAAUAAAGUUGAAGUCAUUUGAGAACUUAUCCAGCUAUGGAAGAGCACUCUUGCACACCCCAUUUAGACUUGUGGAUCGGGUCUUGGCCCGAUCCAUGGAUGAAGUGGAGUUGGUGGAGGUGAAGAAACGAAGUCAGCAUGAGAUGAAGAAAACACUCACAUGGUGGGAUUUGAUGUGGUUUGGUUUGGGCAGUGUCAUUGGUUCUGGCAUUUUUGUCCUCACAGGGCUUGAGGUGAAGGGAACUGUGGGACCUGCCGUGGUGAUAUCCUAUGUUAUCUCAGGCAUCUCUGCCAUGCUUUCUGUCUUUUGCUACACUGAGUUUGCUGUGGAAAUCCCUGUGGCUGGUGGUUCCUUUGCUUAUAUCAGAGUGGAGCUUGGUGAAUUUUUCGCCUUCAUAGCUUCAGGAAAUAUUCUCCUCGAGUAUGUAAUCGGCGGCGCUGCAGUGGCACGCUCAUGGACAUCCUACUUUGCCACCCUAUGCAACCAAGAGUCCGACAAGUUUCUCAUCCAAACCCAUGGCCUUGCAAAAAACUACAACCAGCUUGACCCCAUUGCUGUUGUAGUUCUAGCUGUUAUUUGUGUCUUUGCUAUUUCAAGCACAAAGGGCUCCUCACGUUUCAACUACAUUGCUUCAAUUAUUCAUGUUCUUGUCCUCUUAUUCAUCAUAGUUGCUGGGUUAACCAAAGCCAAAGCAGAGAACUACUCCGACUUUGCCCCUUUUGGUGCAAGAGGAAUCUUCCAAUCUGCUGCAGUUUUGUUCUUUGCUUACAUUGGAUUUGAUGCAGUUUCAACAAUGGCAGAAGAAACAAAGAACCCUGGAAGAGACAUACCUAUUGGUCUUAUUGCCUCAAUGACUUUGACAACAUUUUUAUACUGCAUGUUAGCUGUGACACUCUGUUUGAUGCAGAAAUACACUCAGGUUGAUGAGAGUGCAGCUUUCUCAGUAGCAUUUGAAGCUGUUGGGAUGAGUUGGGCUAAGUACAUUGUUGCAUUUGGAGCACUAAAAGGAAUGACUAGUGUUCUCCUUGUUGGAGCAGUGGGUCAAGCAAGGUACCUCACACACAUUGCAAGAACCCACUUGUUGCCCUCCUGGUUUGCAAGAGUGAAUGAAAGAACUGGAACACCCAUCAAUGCCACAAUUGUAAUGACUUUUGCCACUGCUAUUGUUGCAUUUUUCACUAGCCUUGAUGUUCUUGCCAAUCUUCUUUCGAUUUCUACUCUAUUCUUGUUUUCCCUUGUGGCCUUGGCUCUCUUGGUUCGCCGCUAUUGUGCCAGAGGAGUGACUACAAGGUUUAACAUUGGGAAAUUCAUUUGCUGCAUUGUUCUCAUCAUAGGCUCUUCAAUUGGCUCUGCAAUUUACUGGUCCAAAACCACAAACUGGAUUGGUUUUGCUAUUUUAGUACCUCUUUGGUUUUUGGGAACAAUUGGGAUUUGGAUUUUGGUUCCACUUGCAAAGAAGCCAAAGAUUUGGGGUGUUCCACUGGUUCCAUUCUUGCCAUCAGCAUCAAUUGGCAUCAACAUUUUCCUUCUUGGAACAUUGGAUAAGGAUUCAUUUAGAAGAUUUGGAUUGUGGACUGCAUUUUUGGUGGUGUAUUACCUACUUGUAGGAUUACAUGCAUCUUAUGACGUAGCAAAUACACAAAAUGAAAAGGGGAAACUAGAUAUCAAUACUGAGACAAAUUUGGAUGAAGAAAAUGGUGUUUCAUUGGUGAUGGGAUCUAGUCCAAAAAAUGAAAAUCAUAUGUAGCAGGAUUUUAACUCAUGUUUUGGUUGUGUCAUUGUUGUCUAUGGGAACAGCUGAGACAAUAAAUGUUUGUUUGUAAAAAUGGCACUUUUCAAUUUUACCUUCAUAGAUUUCAUAUUAAACCA